AUGGUUAUUCCAAGAAUACCACGAACCCUCAGUAUUUUCCAGCCGUCGGUUAGACGCUGGGUGGCCGCUACUCCACGCCUCGAUGAAGCGAAUGUUCGCCAAAGUGUCAAGUCGGCUAUUUAUUCUUUGUCGAGUUGGAACAUUAACGCAUUCUGGCCUCGACCAGUUGCUCGUGCGACCAGAAUAAUCAACCUGCUUCUGUCUGAAGCACACUUAUCAAGCGACAUCAUCUUUCUGCAAGAAGUCACUCGGGAAGUUCGCAACUGUCUGCUACGAGACACACGGAUUCGCUCGAAUUACUUAGCAACAGAUGCUGAAGACACUACCGCAUUCAACGACGUUUCAUUCGCAACCAUGACACUGCUAUCCAAAGCCCGUUUCUCAAGCCAAGGCGCAACCAUCGGCCCCGUCUCCCGGUUCGAACUUCCGAGCCAGUACGGACGAGAUGCACUCUGCACGGACGUGUUUCUCCCACCGUCUACAGCAUCUUCGUCAUUCCACACGAGGAUUGAGGACUGUAACCGCCUGCGUCUCGUCAAUGUGCAUCUUGAUUCAUUGAGCUCCACGCUAAGUUAUCGCCAGCAGCAGAUGGCCUGUAUCUCUGAAAUACUGCAUGAGGGCAACAACUCAUCAACGAAACAGUCGAAUAUAGGUCUUGUCGCAGGCGAUUUCAACGCCGUUUGCCAAGAAGACCUGGAGCUAAUCAUGAAGAAUGGACUUGUUGAUGCCUGGCUUCAAUUGUAUGGAGCAGAUGAAGCGCAGCCCCAGAUUAGUACCGAGCAGAAAUCCAAACAACCUCUCUGGCCCCGAAGGUUAGAUAGAGUAGCAAUUACGGGGCCGUUGGAAUCAUUGGAGCUGCAAAAUCUAUGCCCUGGUACCAUCCCAGUCCCCAAGCCAGGUGAAGUAAAGGAUGGCGAGGUGAAAUGGAGUGAUCAUCCCGGGCUAAGAUUCAUGUUUAAGCUUCCUUGA